UUUGCUAAAACUCUAGACUCUUUGCUCAAUGACUAUCGCCAAAUGGUAACAAAACUAGAAGGUCUUGUUGCUGAAAGAAAUCUUACUGCAGACGCCAUGAGGUGCGAAGAGUUAAUGGAUUCAUUGGAUAAGAGGCAUGAAAUUGUCAAAAGAUCAGAGAUAGUAUGCGAGGUGAAAGGGAUUGUCGCAGACAAUCCAGAUCUCCUUAAAAUUACUUGGUUGAGAGAAACUCUCACCACUCGAUUAAAAGCUGUGGAAAACGAGGUUCGACGCUCCGCUGCGGAUGAUAUGCGUAGAGGAUUAGUGAGUCUUAACGCUUCACUGGUGGCAUCUGCUAUUAGAGCUUUGAGUAAUCUUGGCGUCCUUGAAGCUGAGUUGGAAGUACAACUAUCAUCAUCGGCAACUGAAAUAGAUGCGAAGAUUGUGGAGCUUUCUUCAACGCCUGAAAAUAGUACUCGUCUUCUUCCGCAAUACAUCAACCAUAUACAUUCCCAACUUGAACAGUGUGCUCUAUUAGGUAAACCGCAACUGAUGAAGUUUGUUGAAAAGCUGGCACGAAUAAUACGAGCCCGUGUCCCUCUGGAUGCUCCUUUUUCGCUGAGGUUUGUGCAGCAAAUGAGUCGCGUUCUCAACUCCCGACCAGAGUGUGCGGCACCAUUAUUUGAGUCACUUCGUCCUUUGAAAAGUUCCAUAAUAAGUCAUUCACUGGCGCGUCUUCAUCAAAUUGUGGAGCAGCAUGAUUUUGCCACCGUACAGAAUAGUGUCUUCGUUGAUAUGGUACGCGAAGAGAGGAAAUGA